AUGCGGCACAAGGCAAAGUUGGCAGAGCUUGACCUUUCCAAAGCUGAAAGACGACUGGCCUGCCUGGCAGGUGAAAAGAACAUCGAUGCAAACAGCUCCAACAAAGUUGCGGUGCUGAUCUGGUGUUGUCCCUGCAAUCCUGUGCAACAAGCACACCUGGAGCUGCUUCAGAGGGCAGUGCAGCUGGUGGAGCGCACAGCCCGGAGACCUGUUGCAGCAGCUUUCCUGGCCCCUGAGCUCCCCGAGCUGGACGCGCCCGGGCUUUCCUUCGCCCUUCGCACGGCCUUGUGCCGGAUGGCAUGUGAGGAGUCCGACUUUGCAGGAGCGUGCUCCUGGGGUUGGGAGUCUUCCCGAACUAGUGAGAGGAUCAUUCAGCAGUUGACAGCGAAGCUGUCCUGGAGCGGAGGGCUACGAUGGGAGUUUGAACCAUGGUGCCUCGUGACCCGUUUGGAAGCUGACAAUCGCCAAGCCGACGUGCGAAUGGUGUACAUUGGCCAAAGCGUCACGGCACCUGCUUCUGUCCAUGCUGUCACUGGUCUGGAGGCUAAGGUCCGCCAAACUCGCCUCCGCCGCUAUGAUCACCUCUCGCCUGUCCUCGCGUCGCAGUCGACCUCACUGCUCAUCAAGGAUGACUGGGAGCCGACCCUUGAUCCUGGACUGGUUUCCUCCAGGGUGCUGGAGCACUUACGCAGCGCGCUGGAAGCUGAUUCCCUGGAAAUGGACCUGCAGCUGCCUGAGGAUGGUGAGCACGGCUCUGAUGAAAGUCACGAUGAAGGUGAUGACGGGCCUACUUCGAACCAGCGAGGCUGCCCUGAAGCUUCGAUGGGGCAACUGCACUUCACAACAGGCGAGGCAGCAAAGGCCUCUCAGAGCAGUGGUCGGAAGGUGGUCGCGCACCUGUGCAAUGAUCAAGGCAAUGGAGGACGAGGCUACUUCCAGGCCAUAAAGAAGGCCUGGGGAAGCGGUCCUUCGCGUCAGUAUUUUGAGUGGCACCGCGACCGCAAGGUGGAGUCUGCUGAGAAGCGAUUCCGGCUUGGAGCUGUCCAGUUUGUUCAGGUGAGUCCUCUUGUGGAAGUUGCCAACCUGAUCGCACUCCAGGGAACCCGCAGCGGUUCCAAAGGUGGCCCUUUGCGCGUUGAAGCGCUGGAAGAAGCUUUGGAGGCAUUGGCAAGCCAUGCCGCAAGCCUGGGAGCAUCUGUUCAUAUGCCACAGGCCUCAGAGGCUGGAGCUUUGCAGGGCAAGCUGACGAAGCUUCUCAAGCAACUUUCUCAAAAGCACCACAUUGACAUCUUCGUUUACAGGUAG